CGUGAGCAGAGGGUGUGUUAUUUGGUCAAGUAAAAUUUAACCCUCACGUUUACGUCGUUAUUUUAUUUUUUAUUUACUUAAAAGUUUAAAUAAUAUUUGAUACACGUCCGGAUGUCUAAUAAACAGAGUGAAUUAAAUUGUUUAGCGUGAAAGGCGUUUUUAACACGGGAGUUAAUUGUGCGAAUUCAAAAAGUGCUUUGACACAAUGAGUGGAUUAUCAUCAUCUAUUUGGUGCGUGCUGGUGGCGCUUUGUUGCAUUGGAUGGGUUAAAGUAGACGCAAAACUUAAGUGUGAUGCUGUAAGGCCUUAUUUUGAAGCUCAGGGUUUUCCAGCAAGUGACAUCCCAAAGGAUCCCAUAUCAUCAAAAGAAUUAAAGUCAUGUGGAGGUAUAAGUAGUGGCGGAGAGGUAUGUUGUUCGGCGGACAUGGAGUUAAGGCUUCAGGCAAAAGCACGAGAAAGGCACGAAAAAGCCACGAGAUCGACCCUUAGUCGACUCCAACAGCUUCUUGCCACGAGGGGCACAAGAUUUCACAGUUUUUUCAAAGAUUUAUUGGAAACCUCAAAGAAAGGUUUUCAUGAGAUGUUCAAGAAAACUUAUGGAAUUUUGUACGAGCAAAAUGCCUACGUCUUUACGGAUCUUUUUAAAGAAUUGGAAAAUUAUUAUACGAAAGGAACGGUAAACUUAGAUGAUGCUAUGGACAAUUUUUUUAACACUUUAUAUCAAAAGAUGUUCACUGUAUUGAAUAGUCAAUACCUUUUUGACGCCAAGUAUCUCGAGUGUGUGGGUAAUCACAUGAAAGAGAUGCGACCAUUUGGAGAUGUACCACAGAAAUUGGGUGUACAGAUAAAGAGAUCAUUCAUUGCUACGAGGGCGUUCAGCCAAGCUUUGACAGUAGCUGCUGACGUGUUGAAGAACAUGCAGACGCUGAGAGCGUCUCCCGAAUGUGCCGCUGCAUUGACAAGAAUGACAGCAUGUCCAUCCUGUAGUGGUAUAGCCGGCAAUGUUCUUGCCUGUGGCGACAUGUGUGCAAAUGUGAUGAAAGGCUGUCUAACUCAGCAUGCAGCACUCGAUGCUGAAUGGAAUCACUUUGUUGAGGCCGUGGGUAAAGUUGGUGAACGGCUACUUGGUCCUUUUAACAUCGAGAUGUUGGUGAGGCCAAUCAAUCUCAAGAUAUCCGAAGCGAUAAUGAACUUUCAAGAGAACAGCGCCGAUGUCUCCCAGAGGGUUUUCAGUGGCUGUGGGAGACCAGUGUUAGGUAGAAGAAGAAGAAGAAGACGGAGUGCACGAGAAACGGAUUUUGAAUCUUCAAACUUCGAUCAGGAAACCAGUGAAGAUGGUCGAUCGACAACUGCUGCAAUGCUUGAUAAAUUAGUUAAGGAGAUUAGGCAGAGAGUUAGAGAUUCAAGACAGUUUUGGAUCUAUCUGCCAUAUCAGUUAUGCAACGAUGGUCUCGUUGUACCUCCUAGUAACACUAAAGAAUGCUGGAAUGGUACUCAUGUUGAUAAGUAUUUAUAUCCAGUAUCGUCUGAUGGAGAAACACAAACAUUAAAUCCUGAAGUUCGAGGCAGUGGUCCAAGGCAUCCAAUUGUCAGAGAUCAAAUAUUUGCUCUUACUACUAUUACUAGUAGAUUGAGAUCCGCAUUUAAUGGUCAAGAUGUAGACUGGGUGGAUGCUGAAGAGACACCCUAUGGCUCUGGAAGUGGAUCAGGAGAUGGAGUUGAUGAAGAUGAUCCAAUAACGGAUGAUGAAGAUGGAUUCCGUGAAGAAUCAUCAGGCUAUGAGCCAAAUCCAGCACCACCACAAACUCCUAAAGUAGUACCACCUCCAGUAUCACCAGGAUUAUCUCCUAAAGUUGAAAUAGAACCUAAAGUUCCAACGAUCGACAAUAAUGAUAUUGAUUUAAAUAAUAGUAAUAACGAAAAUAAAAAUGACACAACGACUGCUGUAGAUAGUGGAGCCACAAGGCAACAUAUAUCAUUGACACGUGCCCUCACGUCGUAUCUCUUCCCUAUUGCUGUUAUGUGGUUUGGCGGUUGUCUCACCGAAUGGCUGUGAUCACUCAUCCUCCAUGAUCAGAUGGAAAUUGUAAAUAAUUAAACUAACACUCAGUUUAACUGAAUGUCAAUGAGAACGAAGAUCCAUGAUGAUCUUGGGUUUAAGUAGAUGACGACCGGUGUGCCAUUUUUUUAAAUCUUCUUCAGGUCGUUCAAUGGACUGACGAUAAAAAUACGUACUAUCGAUAAAGGUGAAAUGCUCUUGGAGCAGAGGAAAACCUUUAUCAUCAACGACAGAAUUAUUGUCGAUAAAUUACGAUAAUUAUGACGAUGGAGAUAAACAAAGACGGUCGAUUAUGUCAAUAAUUUGAUAUGUGGUUUUUGGAAAAUAAUUUUUUAUGAGUGAAAUAAAAUUAAAAGAUUCAGGAUCUUCGAGAUAAGACUAUAAAUUAUUCGCGAGAGUGUUUUUUUAAGAACUCAAUAUUUAUUCGUGAAAAUUUUUUACAAGUAGUUUUAACAAAAAUACUUUCGUGAAGUUAAAAAAUUUGUCUCGAGAGCUGAGGUGAAUGGAAUUUAUUUAAAAAUGAAUGAAAAGUGAUUUUGUU